GCCUGUACUACAUGUAGGUAUGUACCUUAGGUACCUUAACAUGGUUUCCUGCUCAAAGGUUACGUAGUGAAACAUAGAAUAAUUAACAACGAAACUUGGUAGGAAAGUAUUCAUUCUAUGGAGUCGACUUCUCAAGUUCUACAUCAUAAUCCAUUAUGAUUCCCCGGAAGCGUGCGAAACCGAAUCCCUCUACUAGGGAGAACAGUGAUGCUAGUCCUGUAACUCUCCCAUCACAGGCCAACGCCAACGGCGGUGUUGCGUCACAAUCCUCUCUAGCUUCGGGCCAGUCGAUGCCACCCACGAAGCGAGAUAAUUCGAAUUCAUCUGCAUCUGCAUCUACAUCUAAAUCUACAUCUACAAGACCUAAUGAUUCAAAGCAGGUGCGCAAGCCUCGAAGUUGGUAUGGCUCUUGGCCACGAGUACCCAAGUCGUCUGCCUCAACUCAAGUCUCACAUCAGACUAUCAUGGGUGGCACUCUACGUCCCGACGCCGUUCCCGACUUUAGCCGUUUCGAAAUUAAGAAGGAUAACGAUUCUGUUGAAUCCGAUGGCCAAUCUACUAAGGCACUGCCCAAAAUUACCGAAGCACCUGUGGAGCCUGAACAAGAUGAUAGCAAAUCCGCAAAAACUCGGGAAGCAGAUAAUGCUAAUAAAAAUAAUGAAAUGGCGGUGAUAAAGGACCAAGAGGCUCCCGAUGCGACCGCGAACAAAAGUGAGAUUCAAGCUUCGACGGGAACGACGCAACCACCUCAGGCCUCUUCUAGUUGGUUGGGAUGGUUUGGCAGGUCAUCGGUGCCAGAGGUGGUUACUCCGAAGGACGAAAGUAUGGAAGUCGAUCCUCCUAAAGAACCCGAAAAUAUGCAGCCAGAUACAUCUCAACCCUCUUCUGAACCUCCUCAACCUUCUGAACCUGACCAGACACCGGCGGAACCUGUUGAAUCUACCUCUACCAAGCCGUCGAGCUCUUGGUUUGGAUAUUGGUACUCAUCGGCAACAUCCUCUGUACCAGAAAACUCCGCGCAAACGCCGACGGAUACACUACCGGCCCAAGAAUCUAUGCCGAAGGGAAACCAAGACGUAGUUAUGGAAGAUAGCCCACCUUCGAAGCCGGUAGAAGUGAGCCAGCCGUCCGUUAGUUCGACGUGGGCUUUUUGGUCUAGAGAUACAGGUCAGAAAAGCAACGCGAAAACGGCCGCUACGCCAGAAUCCGGCGAGUUGGCUAUUAUGGGGGAUGGUUCAGAGGCGAAUCCGAGACACUCGACCAGUGUCGAGGUUAAUGGAAGUGCAACGCCAGUAAAAGAAGCUCCGGUCAAGACGUUGAAGGAGGCAUCUACUAGGGUGAACUCCUCCAAGAGGAACAAGAGGGUACGGCCUCAGUCUCUAGAUAUCGGUGAGCAGAUAUCAAGACCAGGGACUCCACAGUCAGACGUGUCUGCGAAGACUUUACCAUCGAAAUCCUCUGCUCCGGGUUCAAGCAAGUCGUCUGCACCGAAUCUGCUUCUGCCUUCCUUUCGUAAUACGUAUCGUAUGAGGAACAACCCAUCAAUCGUUAAGCAGAUUACACAAUUGCUGCUGCGGACGCAACAGCCCCCCACAAACCACGUAUUCCUUGUUAAAGAACCACCGAAAAUCAAGAAAGCUGUUGCUAUUGGCAUUCACGGUCUUUUCCCGGCAUCAUAUCUGAGGCCGAUGAUUGGCCAGCCGACAGGGACCUCGAUUCGCUUUGCAAACCAUGGCGCUGAGGCGAUACGGAGGUGGGCAGAAAGUCACGGUUGCGAGGACUGUGAGAUUGAAAAGGUCGCUCUUGAGGGCGAAGGAAAGAUUGCGGACAGGGUCGAUAACCUCUGGAAGCUCCUCCUAAAUUGGAUAGACCAUAUCCGUGGCGCCGACUUUAUCGUUUUAGCCUGCCAUUCUCAAGGAGUUCCUGUUGGCUUAAUGCUCCUUGAAAAGCUAAUAGAUUUGGGUAUCAUCACCAGCUCCAAAGUUGGGGUCUGCGCUAUGGCUGGUGUUUCGCUUGGACCUUUCCCUGACUACAAGUCCGGCAUGGGUAUGUUGAUGGGCUCUGCUGCUGAGUUAUGGCAGUUUGCCGACCCCGAAAGCGAAAUAUCCAAGAGAUACCAACAUGCACUUGAAGCUGUUGUUAAUUAUGGAGCUCGUAUCACUUACAUUGGUAGCAUUGAUGAUCAACUGGUUCCUAUGGAAUCCGCGAUCAACGCGCCAGCUUCACACCCUUAUAUAUACCGUGCUGUAUUCAUAGAUGGACGUAUUCACGCCCCGGAUUUCAUUGCUCAUCUAGUUGGGUUCGCACUGAAACUGCGAAACUUGGGGAUAUCCGAUCACGGCCUCAUCCGCGAGCUCUCCAUACCACUAGCCGGUAGUCUCUAUUCCGGGGAGGGCCACUCAAGGCUCUACGACGAUGAGCGAGUUUACGACUUGGCAAUUUCACACGCUCUCGAGACUACCAAUGUUUCUGGCGUGCCAUGUCGAAUUCAGAGGCAAGAGAGAUUGGCAAAUCCAAACCCCUUUCUGUUGCCUUGGAUUAUGCGUGGAUUACUAGAAGAGGAGUUUGUUAAGACAGAACUGUACUCGGAGACGACGGAACUGCUAAAGCAGUUUGACGAUUGGUCGCCUAGCACUAAGGCACUCAAAGAUGUCAAGUACAGACUAGAGGUUGUCCGGUCAAAGCUCUAGCAUCGACGAUGUACCGUAAUAGGUAAUUUAUGGGAACUCGACAACUUUGAUUUUACUCAGGGGGAACUAGUCAUUUCUGGAAGCAUGCAAGGAGUUGCACGGUUGACUUUAAGGAGGGAGUACAUGGAGGUUUUCUUCUCGGGAACAUUGGGGCUUAGCGAGAAUGUUUUACAUACACCCGUUGAUUUGUACAGACUGGCGAUAUUACAUAGCCUCAGGAGAUUAUUUUGAACUCGCCGAAGUUUAGAGAACCAAAGUGAAAUGAGUACCUCCAUUACAUAUUAGGAUAGACGGAUCCACUAAUAAUUGAAUGAGCUUGAAUGAG